GGAAGGAAGAACAAUAGAAACCAGCAGGCCAGCAAGAGGAGGCCAGAAGAGAGAGCGAUUGAAUAAUUGGUGCUUCAAAAAAAAUGGGUCGGGGGAAGAUUGUGAUAAGAAGGAUCGAUAAUUCUGCCAGCAGGCAAGUGACUUUCUCCAAGAGAAGAAAAGGGUUGCUUAAAAAGGCUAAAGAGCUCGCAAUUCUCUGCGAUGCAGAAAUUGGACUCAUCAUUUUUUCCAGCUCUGGGAAGCACUAUGAGUUCGCAAGCACCAGCAUAGAGUCAAUAAUUGAGAAAUAUAAUAGAAGAAAGGAGGAAGAUGAACUGCUGUUGAAUCCAGCUUCAGAUCUCAAGUUAUGGCAGAAGGAAGUAGCAAUUCUAAGGCAGCAACUACUCAACUUGGAAGAGAAUAAUCGGAAAUUAAUGGGAGAGCAACUCUAUGGUUUAUCAGUCAAAGACCUAAAUAGCCUUGAGAAUCAACUGGAGUUUAGUUUACAAAGCAUCCGAAUAAAAAAGGAACAAAUAUUAAAUGAUGAAAUAAAAGAAUUGAACAGAAAGGGAAUUCUGAUGCACCAAGAAAAUAUAGAGCUAAGUAAGAAAGUCAACUUUUUUUGUCAGGAGAACAUGGAAUUGCAUAGAAAGAUUUAUGGRCAUGACUCGAGAGAUCAGAUGACCGUAGCCUGUGAAAACGCCUUGAUUCCAUAUGGGAUCAUCAGCGGCACCGGCGUGGCCRCUGUCCCAGCCAGCAGCAACGCCCUGCGUGUGCCGAUCCAUCUCGAGCUCAGCCGGCCAGAGCAACAGAACUUAAUUAACUAAACUGAAGGCAGCCCCACAAAGACCGAUUAUUAAGAAGGUACAUACAGAAUUAUAUAAUCUAAGGAUCAAAACAAGUUCCCUUCCCACAGGAAUAUACGCAAAAAUAUUGAUGUUUGUAAGGUUUCAGAAAAAAAGAAUGCAAGAAUUUGGAGUUUGACAUAUAGAAAGAAUAGGAGAGAGUUUGUGUGGUUGGGUUGGCAAUUUUCUGAUGUGGAUAAAUCAUAAAUCUGAUCUCUCUGAGUCGAGUCAAAACAAGAAGCCCAAGCAAAGUAAAGACCUAGCUUUGCUACUCUCAUCUUGUUUAAUUAAAUCACUAAUGUAAU